AUAUGUUUCUUGCCCAACAGAUAAACAACUUCCGCAUAACGCUGCCCUCACGCCGGAUUUAACAUGGCGGCGGGACCGAUUUCGGAGCGUAACCAAGAUGCCACUGUGUAUGUGGGUGGUCUGGAUGAGAAAGUGGCUGAGCCAUUGCUGUGGGAGCUCUUCCUACAGGCUGGGCCUGUGGUCAACACACACAUGCCCAAAGACCGAGUCACUGGACAACACCAAGGCUAUGGCUUUGUUGAGUUCCUCAGUGAAGAGGAUGCGGACUACGCCAUCAAGAUUAUGAACAUGAUUAAACUAUACGGCAAGCCCAUCCGUGUCAACAAGGCCUCAGCGCACAACAAGAACCUGGAUGUUGGCGCCAACAUCUUCAUCGGUAACCUGGACCCGGAGAUUGACGAGAAACUCCUCUACGACACGUUCAGCGCCUUUGGGGUCAUACUCCAGACGCCCAAGAUCAUGCGCGACCCGGACACUGGCAACUCCAAGGGCUACGCCUUCAUCAACUAUGCCAGUUUCGAUGCCUCUGACGCGGCCAUCGAGGCCAUGAAUGGCCAGUACCUGUGCAACCGACCAAUUACGGUGUCAUAUGCCUUCAAGAAGGACUCCAAGGGUGAGCGGCACGGCUCGGCUGCUGAACGCCUCCUAGCUGCUCAGAACCCGCUUUCGCAGGCUGACCGGCCGCAUCAGCUAUUCGCAGAUGCACCGCCUCCCCCCUCUGCCUCGACGCCUGUCCUCACCACCCUGGGACCUGGGAUGUCCAUGCCUGGCAUGCCCCCUCCUGGUGCCUUCCCUCCUGUGCCACCCCCUGGAUCCAUGCCUCCUGGCAUGCCCCCCGGCAUGCCCAUGCCCCCGGCCCCAGGGACACCAGGACCCCAGGGAGGGGGCUCAGGCCCCCCACCCGGCCCGCCACCCUUCCACCAGGGCAUGCACCCGGGAAUGUCCCAGAUGUCUAUGCACCCUCAUGGCCAUCCCCCAGGUAUGGUGCCUCCACCGGGCCCCCCAGGAUCCAACCAGCACCGGGCGCCUCCACCCCCCGGCAUGCCCCCUCAUCCACACAUGGGCAUGCCACCGAGAGGGCCCUAUGGGCAUCCCAUGGGUCACCCCAUGCAUCCAGGCAUGAGAGGACCCCCUCCCCCCAUGCCCCCACCAGGCUACGGUGGGGGUCCCCCUCGUCCGCCUCCGUUUGGCUUCCAGAGGGGGCCUCCAAUGCCACCGAGGCCCCCCGGCGGCCCACCUCGAGGCCCCAUGAGAGGACCAAUGCCCCCAUAGACUACGGAGGACCACAGCAAGGCGCAUGACCAUGCUUUCAUUUAGCUUUCUUUUUCUUUAUUUCAAAGUACAAUUUGGAGACGUGGUGUAGCUCCAUUAUUUUUUUUCUUAAUACAUUUUUAAAACAUUUUCUUCACUGUACAGAUCCUGAACAAAGGUUCGGAAUAAAGGUUUUUAAUACAACAAAUUGGGUCUUUCAAUUGAUGUCGAGUGAUUUCAGUUUUCUUCGAUGAGAUUUAAUUCAGAACAUGCAUCAUGUCAAUUAACUUGUGCUUUCCUAGUACAAACAUAAGACACAGCAUGUAGUUGAUCUCCUGAAUAGGUUAGAAACUCCAAAUGUGAUCAAAAGGCCAGUUGUUUGAGACCAUUGGUAGCCAGCAGAGAAGGUGAGGCAUGUCCAUAAUGACAAGAUGAAUGAGAAGGUUAUGUUUUGACCAGACAAAGCACAAGUCAGUUGACAGGUUCCAGACCAAAUAUAAAAUAAAACGUAUUUGCCUAUAUAAACCUUAAGUCUUUUUUAUAAACCCCCAAAUACAAUGUUGCUAUAGGCAGUGCUUUGAGUAGGUUACAAAUAUUUAUAUAUGCUUCCAAACUAGAAAAAAAACAUUCAUAUCUGUGCUGCCUCCAUGUUGAAUGUGGUUCUCACUCAGUCUGUUGCCAUGGUUAUUGCAGAUACCACUUGUCUGAUGUUGUGGAGGAGGAUGUAUAGGGCUGCAUAAUCCUACUCUGAUAUUUUAAGCAAUUUUUGAUCAUUUAAAUGAAGGAUAUUGAUUCUUGAAGAUUAAAAUUGGUUGAUACCACCAA